AGUAUAUAGUUAGUUUAGUUUAAUGGACACGUUUACAUUGCACGACCACCUCGCCCAAAAAAUUUUACACCCGCUAUACACGUAGUGAGAAGGUACCUACUCCAGGCCACGCUGGUUUUCCGUGUAUCUGACUGCAGCAGUGGAAAAUAUGUGGUGGUGCAGUACCCAAAGGGAAAGACCCACCCUGCUUUCCCUGCCGCCCUGGCUGGGUUCCCGUCGUCUACUACUUCAGUAUGUGUAUGGUUAAGUGGUAGUAUGUAUUGAGAAUUGAGAAUUGGCUACUGGUCUGGCUAUUCUCGAUCGUCUCAUACUGUACAUAUUUCUGUUACUCUUGUCUUGUAAUUAAUUAUCUUACAUUUAUAAUUGUACGCUACUCGUUUUAAAUUCGGCUCGGGUUCCGCUGUAUAUAAAUCGGUUUAAAGGAAUGAGCUACCGAGAGGAUUAAGGUGUUAGUAAAAUAAAAAAUAAGGAGGAAGAAGUAGGACGACGUAAAGUGAGAUCCCCUUAAAUAUAUAUAUACUUUCACCCUGCUGGAAUUUAUUUACAAUUAAUUAUACACAAUUACGGAAAAAUAAUAUACAUAAAACUGCAAACCACUAAUCAUCGGAUAAGUAAAGAUAAGCAAAUUAAAUAUAAAUGUGAGGAAGUAAUCAAAUUUAAUAUAUAUCUAAACUCGAGUAAAUAUAUACAUAUGAAGGUUACGUAAUUGUGGGAGAGGAUUAUGCAUACAUAUCGAAACUGAAUAUACUGCUACAUAUCAACUCAAUUGGGACUGAAUCAAAGGAUUAAGUUUCGUACGGAAUUUUUCUGUGAUCUAAACAAAGCAAUCUGAUAAUCGAAUACUACAAAUUGCGGCAACGUCAUUAACUCUUGAGAAUUAUAACUUUUUCUUGUGGUGCAUAUCCUAAAAUCCAUCAAAAUUUCUCGCUUCGUCCAAACAAAUUUGGGGGGAAUCCGGGAUUACUUGCAGAACCGGGUUGGGCCUUACAUCUCGGGUUGAGUGAGAUUGUUGAGGAUUUGAAAAAGAGUUGAAAAAGCAGAGGAAGAGGGAGAAAAGGUGGGACAUGAGAUGACAUAGCAGCACCCGUUGUUCGGCAGGGAAGGAAGAAGAGGUGUCCCGUUCCAGAGAAUAAGAACCCCACUUUCACUCACUCACCCACUUACUCGAUCAAUCAAUCAAUCAAUCAAUCGGUCAAUUGAGCAGAUCAUAAUCAUCAAUCAAAACAGCAACAACCAACCCUGAUGCACAUCCUCCACCUCCACCAAAAAAAAUUGACAAGACUUUCACCAAAAUAUAACGCAUCGAGUUUAUCCACAAACAACGAACGAAACGAAAAUUUAUUAUCUGCAAAGAAUGAAACAACAGCAGCCCACAUCACCUGAAUUUUAGUUUGUCAAGAAAGUCACCAGAGUGAAACUGGAAAUCCUCCCUGAGCCAAUUGCCGAGGGAUUUUCCGCAACACUCUGACAACGUGACAACUUUGAAGAGACAGGAAAGCAUUUGCUCAUUUCCACAAGGUCUCGAGAGACAUCCACAUCCACCAUCUCAUCCCAUUCCCCCACCAACCAAGCAAAUCUAACAAACCAUACUAAACAGCAGAGAAAGAGAGGACAGGAAUCUGAAGAGCAGGAAAUAAGACAAAAGUCGCUCCGCACCAGUAAAAAACAAGAACCUGUCUAAAUCCUCUUUAAACCCGGCUUCUCUUCUUUCUACACCAGAAAUCCAAAUCCAAUACAAACAUUUCCCCCGAGGAGAGAAAUGAGAGGACGUAUAAUUAAAUUAAAUCAGAUGGGAAUGAUGAAUAUUGGGGAUAAAAAAGUGGAAUGCCUCCGCCUCUUGGCUGUAUUAUGAGGACAUUUCCGUAAGUCAGGAAAGAAGGAAAUGAGUAAGAAACAGCUCUAGUGCGUGUAAACCUUCUCUGUGAUACAAGCUAAUCAAUUCAAUCAUCAUCGUCAGCGGAUGUAAAGUGGAAGGUGCAAAUCAUCAAGAGAAAGAAAGAGAUAUAUAAAUAUAUUACAGAGUAAAUACGGCAUCAUCGAUUGUCGAGCUAUUGUUAACUUCUAGAUUUAGAUAACUUCGUGGUGGUUACCAUUGUACAUAAAGAUAAGAUAAGAUAGAAUAAUAAUAAUCUGUAAAAAUGCCACAAAUACCAAUUCUCAACAUCGAGGUGGCGGAACUGAAAGACUACAUCUUCGCCACCUUGGAAGAUCCCAAAGCCCAGAGAAAGUUGAUCCUCGUCAUUGUCGCGAUCGCCCUCCUGCUAGACAACAUGUUGUACAUGGUCAUCGUACCAAUCAUUCCAGACUAUCUGAGGAAAAUUGGGGCAUGGGAGACUCACACGGAAGGCGGUGAGAUGAUCACCGUUGCCCCGAGAGUGGUCACUUUCACCAACAACACGGGCACCUACACAUACAAUGAAGUCCGCCCACCAAAGCUAAUUAAUGGCGUUCUCGUUUAUGAGGGCGAAGACAGUGCCAUAGGAUUACUAUUCGCAAGUAAAGCCUUGGUCCAACUGUUCAUCAAUCCCUUUUCCGGGGCGAUGAUUGAUCGAAUCGGCUACGAUAAACCAAUGAUGUUCGGUUUGACAAUCAUGUUUCUCUCCACUGCCAUUUUCUCGAUGGCGAGCAGUUACGGGGUGCUAUUUUUCGCCCGAAGUUUACAAGGAGUUGGCUCCGCAUUUGCUGACACCAGCGGACUUGCCAUGAUUGCGGACAGAUAUACGGAAGAGGGUGAAAGAACCAAGGCUCUCGGAAUUGCGCUGGCAUUCAUCUCCUUUGGAUGCUUGGUGGCCCCUCCGUUCGGUGGGGUUUUGUACGACCUGGCUGGAAAAGAAGUUCCCUUCCUCAUCCUCUCCUUGGUCUGUCUUAUCGAUGGAUUACUACUGUGGCUUGUGAUGAAACCAAUAAAGAGGCAGCAGAAAGAUGCUGGCGUACAAAAGCCUAAAGGGACUCCAAUCUGGACACUUUUUAUGGAUCCAUACAUUGCAUGUUGCUCUGGGGCCCUGAUCAUGGCCAAUGUCUCGCUUGCAUUCCUCGAACCAACAAUUUCAGUUUGGAUGAUGGACACGAUGGGUUCGAGUCAAUCAGAGCAAGGGAUGAUCUGGCUGCCAGGUUUCAUACCCCACGUGUUGGGAGUAGUGGUCACGGUCAAGUUAUCCAAGCAAUACCCGCAAUAUCAGUACGCCAUGGCAGCUGGUGGUUUAGCCCUGGAAGGCGUUUGUUGCCUGAUGAUCCCCUUCUCAAAAUCGUUCUGGGUCCUCAUGAUCCCGUUAUCAGGCAUUUGCUUUGGUAUCGCCCUCAUCGACACAGCUCUACUGCCGACUCUAGGUUACUUGGUGGAUUCCAGAUACGUCUCCGUGUACGGGAGCAUUUAUGCCAUCGCGGAUAUCUCUUACUCAUUCGCCUACGCGUUCGGUCCCAUCAUUGCAGGCAGCGUGAUGGAGUCGAUCGGUUUCACCGCGUUGAACGUGGGCAUUGCCGUGGUCAAUUUGGCCUACGUCCCAAUGCUUUACAUGCUUAGAAACAUUUACGAUCAAAGUUUCCGAGAUGCCGCGAAUGAGGCACACAUUAUGAUGAAGGACCCACCUGACAAGCAGUACCAAACUUACGCCAUGCAGGACAGGGUGCCUCCAGAUUACAGCAAAUCGUACGGGAGAUUGGAGGACGAUGACGACGAGUUUGGAGGUGGCGGACAUCGCGUCACUUUUCAAGAGACUGCCAUGAACUCGAAUGGUACAUCGCAAGCUGGCGGAGGAGGGCAGCAAGGGGGGCAAUACGCGGCUUCGUGGGGUGAUGAACCAACACAACCUCAACAACCUGCUAAUCCCUUUAAAAGUGGUGGUGGUGGUAGUGGAUCCAACCCAUUCAGAGCCAAUUAGUUAAGCCGAUAGGAUUAGAUCUACGACUAAAUAAAUGUCGUUCGUUCCGUUAGAGAAAAUGGUCACGGAGAGAGAGAAAAGAGUUUUAUUUCUCGACUUCUUCCCUUUAAUGGACUUUCACUCUCUCUUGAGCACGGUAAAUCUUUCUUUAAGAUAUCAUCCUCUCCUCUCAUCCUGAAUCUAUAUCUGAAUCUACACAAAUAUAUAUGAAGCCUAUCUUAUCUAUGAUUAUAUCCCUUCAUUUUAUUCCCCGUUGUUCAUUUUUAUGUGUCCAGUGGCCGCGGAAACCGUGGGGACAUUAACACGGUAGGAUAGGGGAGGGAGGGGUUUGUAUAUGAUGGACAGAUGAUGGGGACGCCGAACAACCGUGGGGUCAUUGUCCCUUUGUCUCCACGUUUCCGCGGCCACUUAACGAGAAAAAAAACAUAACGUACCUUAACCUUGAUUUCCACUCUGGGUUCGUCACUCUUUAAUCUUUAGGUUGAAUACGAAGAGGAAACAAUAUAUCAAGUAUCAAAACAUAGUAAUAAGUGAAAAAUGGUAGGAAUAUCGUCUCGUCGUACAUAAUACAGAAGAUGUAUUUAGAAAAGGAAGGAAAUAAUCUGAUCAAAAUUGUAGAACCCAAAACUACAUAUCCCUUGUUCGUUCAUCAUCAGAACUUUCAAAGGGGUUUGGUUUGGAUCAUAGUAGAAAACAAUUUGAGAACCUAAAUUAACUCUACGACACGUAUAAAAUUUAUGGAUUUUUAUCAAUAAAUAGGAUAAUAAUCCAUUGGCUGUGGCUGAACGGAUAAUAAACUCGAAAGGUGCGCUCAUAAGACAUAAUAUUUAGUUAAUAACAUAUUUAUAUUCAUUUUUGGUAGUGACAUAAUUUUCAUAAGUAUGUAGAUUUCAGAAAAUCAAAAUUCUAAUAUUUUCAAAGAUUAUGUAUAUUUUUUCGAGGUUAAAGCAAUUCGGACUUGGUAAUGUAGUCAACAGUUUAAUCAUCGGUAUAAAAUUCAGUUUUUAAUCAUAACGUAAGGAGAAAUAUCUAUUAAAAUAAGUAAUUAUAAUCGAUGCCGAAUCGAAUCAUCAACCAAAAUCGACACAUAUCAUGUCUUCGCAUUUCUGACCGGGAAGACGAAUAUCAAAAAUAUAUCAGUCUUAUCCUGGUCAGAUUUUGUGACUCACUGUACAUACAUAAUCUAUCUAUCUACAUAUUUAACUAAGCAGUAGGAUUCAAAUAUGCAGAUAGGAAAUAUUAUAGCAUAUCAUUUAUUAAGUAAAAUAUCUUUAAACGUUUGAAUAGAUAAUUGUAGGGUAGAAUUUCUAGUAGGAGUAUUUUUAUUUCAAAAGAUAUUUUGUGUACAAAGACAGUACUGCAUUUAAAACUAGGAAUAACAUAGCAAUUUAACUAGUUUGUAAACUAGUAUAAUGCAAAUUUUAACUAAUUUGCUAACAAACGAGGCUAAUCCACCAAAAAUUAGGUAUAUGUCGUUCCUUCAAGCCUGAAAUAAUGCUUAGGAAUUGACAAAAUCAUUAGCAUAUUACAAACUUGUAUAAAAACUAGGACAUAUUUAAGUAGCAUAAGGUUCCUUGGGGCAAUAUGAGACAUUUUCUUUUAAAAAUGUCAUCAUUUAUAUACUCAUGAAUUUAGAGUGGCCAUCAUCAUCAUCAAGCAUAGUAAAUGUUGCUUAUGUAUUUGUGCAGUUUUUGUGAAAAGUGGAAAUAUUUCGAGUAGUAGGACGUCAUCACAGUCUCAAAAAUUGUGGUUUAUUAGGGCGAGAUAUCCUGCAAAAGUGUCUUUUUUGACUCCAGCAGAAUUGCGAGUGUUCAAUCUAGUCAGACAAGUGUAGCAAAAUUUCACCUUUACUAGAAUCUCUUUAAUAAUGAUAAGAACUUAUAGGUAGCUCUACUAAUUUUAUGUCAGACAUACCAUCCUUGUUGUACUGUAAACUAUGAAAUACUACUAAUUUAGCAUUACGAUAAGAGCCAGCAUAAGGUACAUAAUUAAGUAUUCGACUAGAUCAUUAUUUCAAAAAUAUUUACAAACUUUUUCCCAUUUCUUUCCAUACGGUAUACGAUUUGCAUACAGUUUUUUGAGCAGCCAAUUACUUUUUUAGCGUCAAAUAUGCAUAAAUACUUAAUUUUGGUUACUUUCUUUGAUCCUUUACUACGAAUAAAAGCGAUCAUGUUGUGAAUAUGUACGUUUUUCUAGAAGAAUAUUUACCAUAGCCUGACAAAUACAUAUUUCAACUAAAAUUAACCCACUCGUAGUCGCAUCAUUAGAAUUUGUGAAAAUGGUGUUAUGUAUUUGUACAGGAAUGAAAAAAACCCAAAUUAAAUAUGUAGUAGGCAAAAUUAUGGAGAAAAAAUCCGAUCAUUAUUAAAUAUGCAUUAGUGUGUAGCAGAACUAGUAAAGUAUUUAAUAACUACGUCAUCAUAUCAGUCGUUGGUUGGUUAUUAAUUAAAUUAGUACAUUGUCGUUGGUUCAGGACAAAACAAAAAAUCAGAGAAUUAAUCAUUCUAACUAUUAUUACUUAUUAUUAAUAAGCCAUUACCUGACCGUGUAAUGGCCAUACAUAAAUAUUUGUAUUUAGCGUAAGACGAUUCAGACACUACAUAAUUUACAUGUAAUACUGUGGACUGUCUAGUUAUAGUAGCUACAUAAAUACAUAUGUAAAACUGAUGUAAUCAAGAGAGGAUGUGAAUCUGAAAAGAAAAUAUUGUCACAUAAAUAAACACCAACAAAAAAUCAAGUCCAUGUCCAUGUCACAUCAGAAGAAUGGGUUGUAACAUGAUUAUGAGCAAUAAAAUAAAAAAAAGUGAACCAGUUUAA